GCCCACUAAAACUGUGAUUGGAUGUGUUUGACAAAACUACACUGUAUCGCUGAUACAUUCCCAACUUUUACCUGAAACUCCUCGGAUAGAGGACAACUGUGCUGUCUUUUUUUCACCUGAAAUCGUUCGACUGGACUAUCAAAAGUAUAAAGAAGUCGCCGCCGAAUAUGGCUGGAAGCGGAGUUUUAUAGCAUACAGUAUUUCCAUUAGAGACAAGGCAAUAUGGCGGAAGGAGAGGAGACAAUGAGUCAGGAGGAUUGGAAGGACAAGUGUAUGGUCCUCGAAGCUCUACUCAUGAAGUUCAGGGUUCAGAUCAUCAAAAUUAGAGAGCUCACUGCUGACAAGAUUCAACAACUGGAGACGCAGGUGAUUGAUUCAGAAAAACGAGCGUUUACUGCUCAGCAGCAGUUACAGUGGAUGGAGGAGAAGCUGAAGGCUCCGGAUGGUCUGUCGGAAAACUCCGAGAAGCUUUUAUUUCAGCGCUGCCAGGAGCUCCAGGCUUUAGUGCAGGAGAAGGAAGGCGUUAUCGCUCAGCUUGAGCAGCAGUUGGAAGAACAGAAACAGUCGAGGCUACAAGAUGCCAAGACAGUGGAGGAGAAAGCAGCCAAGAUCAAGGAAUGGGUGAUGCUCAAGUUGUCAGAGUUUGAGGUGGAGAACGCUGCAUUACGAGAAACCAAUAAGCAACAGGAAGCUCAGAUUAGGCAGCUGGAGAAUAAAAUACAAGAAUUUGAGCUGAAGUACUCAGGUGGACGAGCUGUUUUGUGCAGACCAGGUGAAGCCCAGCGUGUCAGCAGUCUGACAUUUGGCUGCUUUCAGGUUCGAGGGAAAAGUCCUCAGGUCUUAACGGGACCUUCACCUUCCCAGAGGAGCCUCAGCGCCCAGGGAGAGACUGAAGGAAGGAUCAACACGGAAAAAGUAAGAAGUAAGCAGAGAACCUCCUCGUCGUCUGGUGCUGAAACCCAGAGACCAAAUCAAAAUAGACUCCUGGUUUCCCCAGAAGAGACUCAUCAGAGUAACACAUUAGAUCUUGCAGCAAGUGGGCCUGAGACUGGUAGUGUUUCCUCCGUGCUCUCCAGUGCUGAGGAAGAAGGAAGCUGCGAGGUCCGAGAAGAAGGCGGAGCCGCUGUACUGGAGUCAAGUCGCGUUGGGAGCGAGGCCUACCUGACCGCCUCAGACGACAGCAGCUCUGUGUUUGACGACGACAUGCAGCGAGUGGGCCCCUCGGAUGGGGAUAAAACGAGGGAGGACUGCACCUCUGAGGAACUCAACCAGCGAUUCCAGUCACAGACCCUUGACUCGUCGUCCUCAUCCAGCGAACCGAAGACCCCCAGCCCCGGCGUCACACCAGCUCUCACUCCUAAACGACCCAACCCACCCCAGGACUUUAGAGACAACCCAGCAUCACCCAAGCAACCCCGACUCCGGACCCCAACGGGUGUGGGUUUGGUGCAUGUAGCCAUGGCCAAAAAGCACCUGAGCCAACCCCCGGUCAGCACAGAGGCAGCGCACGGACAAACACGCAACGCCCUCAGCAUGCUGCGCUCCCCCCGGCCACAGGAAACAAACCUUGACCAAGGGGCGGAGGUUAGCAUGGAAACGGGCAAGGAUCCGCCCCCGCAGAUCCGCCCCGGCUCUCGUGCCAAACCCACAAUGCUUUCCAUACAGGCCGCACCCGUCCCUUCUGAUGGUUGUCUAGAAAUAACCCCAGACAGUCGCAGUUCACCUCCUACACCCCCGUUACACAGACUCCCCUCCUGGGAGAGUCGCAUCUAUGCAGUGGCUAAAUCAGGAAUCAGGCUCUCCGAGACGUCCUGCGCUGACUCGGCUAGCAAAGACCCCUCGCUGCAAUCUUCCUAUCCCGCCUUCGUAAUUUACACGUCCCUCGUUUAUAAAAACAUGACCGCACCAGUGUACACUACUCUGAAGGGGAAAGCCACUCUGCUGAGCAGCAGUCCGUUCUCCGACGAGUCAUCCAGCUCAGACGAGUCGUCCAGUUCAGGAGAAGAGGAUGGUUCCUUAUGCAGCUCCCACAACUCCUCCGGGUCCCACAAGGACAGCAUCCCAGGCAGUCCACGUUCUCUAAAAAGAGCGGUGUCCAUGUCUUCCAUGACAUCAGAGAGCGACUACGCCAUCCCACCUGAUGCUUAUUCCACUGACACCGAGUGCUCUGAACCGGAACAGAAACUUCCCAAAACUUGCUCUUCUGCUCGAGACAACAGCAAGAAUGAAUCAAUGGAGAAAUCAGGCUACCUGCUGAAAAUGGUGAAGACCUGGAAGAAAACCUGGAAGAGGCGCUGGUUCGUCUUGAAAGACGGAGAGCUGCUUUACUAUAAAUCCCCAAGCGAUGUGAUCAGGAAACCUCAAGGUCAGAUUGAGGUCAACGCCACCAGUAACAUUGCACGUGGGGAAGGAAAACAAGUUCUCCAGAUAGUAACAGGAAAGCGAGUGUACUACCUCAAAGCAGACUCACCCAACUUGCUGGAGGAGUGGCUUAGAGUGCUGCAGAGUGUGCUGAGGGUGAAAGCCGCAAGUCCGCUCUUCACUCAGCCGGAUAUACGUCCCACCAUGAAGGGACAGCUUAUCAAGGUAAAACACGGCUACUCUAAACGGGUUUGGUGCGCCCUGAUUGGCAAGACCCUGUACUACUUUCGCAGCCAAGAAGACAAGUUUCCACUUGGUCAGAUUAAGCUUUGGGAUGCCCGGGUGGAGGAAGUAGACAGGUCUCAGGACUCAGACGAUGACCUGAAAGCAUGCGGGGGCGGCUUACAGGAAGCGUCCUUUACCAUCGCCAUCCACACGCAGGAUCAAGAACCGACUUAUUUGCUCAUUGAGUCCCGCCAUGAGAAGGCCUCGUGGUUUUACCAUCUGUGCGUCGCAGCAGCAACCAUGAUGGGGAAAGUCGGCACUGAGUUUGAACAAUUGGUGGGGAAACUUUUUCAACUGGAUGGAGAUCCGAGCUCACCCAUGUGGAGACGCCCAACGUUGUCUUUCAGCAAAGAGGCUCUAUCGUCUCCUCUCACCACGCUGCCUUCACAGGCCCUGCAAACUGAGGCUGUCAAACUUUUUAAGACUUGUCAGCUGUUCAUCAACGCGGCUAUCGAUUCCCCAGCCAUCGACUAUCACGUAUCUCUGGCUCAGAGCGCCCUGCAAGUGUGUCUGACCCACCCGGAGCUUCAAAACGAGUUCUUCUGCCAACUUAUCAAACAGACCCGACAGAGACAACCGCCCGGCCAGCCGGGACCACUGCAGGGUUGGCAGUUUUUAGCCUUGUGUGUUGGACUAUUUCUGCCUCAGCAUCCUUUCCUCUGGCUGCUCCAAUCUCAUCUUAAAAGACACGGAGAGUCCAGGACCGAGGUGGGUAAAUACGCCAUCUACUGCCAACGUUCAAUGGAGCGCACCCAGCAGAAAGGCGAGAGGCAGGCCAGACCCUCCCGUAUGGAGAUCCUGUCCAUACUUCUCAGGAAUCCCUACCACCAUUCCCUGCCCUUCAGUGUGCCUGUUCACUUCCUCAACAACACCUAUCAGGUGGUGAGCUUUGAUGCAUCGACCACCGUGGAUGAGUUCCAGUGUCGUCUCAACCAGGACACCGGCAUGAGGAAAACCGGACUGUCUGGUUUCAGCCUGUACACCGAUGACCCGACUGGACGAGAACUGGAACAUUGCCUUCAUCAGGGAAGCAUCAAGAUUUGUGAUAUUAUCUCCAAAUGGGAGCAAGCAUCGAAAGAGCAGCACUCUGGCAAGUCAGAAAAUACCAGAACAGUCCGCCUCACCUACAAGAACAGGCUGUACUUCUCCAGCCAGGUGAGGGGAGAAUCCGAGAGGGAAAGGUUGCUGCUGGCCUAUCAGACCAAUGAGGCCAUCGUAGCGGGACACUUCCCCGUCAACAAAGAACUGGCUCUGGAAAUGGCCGCCUUACUCGCCCAGGUUGAGUUUGGGGAUUUUGAACGCCCCUUCUUGACUCCUGGACCACUUCAAACUAAGUCCAACCAGACCUUGAAACAGGUUCUGGACAGAUUCUACCCCAAACAGUACCGCCGGAUCACAUCUGAGGACAAUCUUAGACAAUUACUCCAGCGUCUCCCUGCCCGCUGGGCCUCGCUCAGAGGUCGAAGUUCCUCUGAGUGCGUGAGGAUUUACCUGACUGUUGCUAAGAAGUGGCCUUUUUUUGGAGCCAAGUUAUUUGAAGCAGAGGCCAUCACAGCCUCUCCAGAGGCGGCGGCACAUGUUUGGCUGGCAGUUAAUGAAGAUGGCAUCAGCAUUCUGGAGCACAACUCUAUUAAACUACUGGUGACUCACCCCUACAAAAGCGUGAUGACAUUUGGGGGCUGCAAACACGACUUCAUGCUGGUGGUGGACCAGAACAGCAACAACACGGACAAAGACAAAACCUCAGAGAAGCAUACGUUUGCUAUGGACGUCUCCAAGAUCAGAGAGCUCACCCUCCUCAUCUCGAGCUACAUCAACAGCGCUCAUCAGCAGAAGGCCGCCGCGCAUCACCUCUCUGCGCCGGCUCUGAUGGUGGCCCAGCCCGUCAGCCUGAAGUGCAAAGAGCUGAGAAGCAAGUCCCCGCCAGCACUGGGACGUCCCAGCAAAACCCCCACCUUGUUGUGACAGCUGAUCUCCGGGUUUACAGAACAGGUCGCGUCUCUGCCCUCACCGCAGGGGGCACCCGAGCAUGUCACACAAUGUCUGGGCGUAGCCGUCCUCACAUUUUAACCGCUUGAAAGACAUUUUAUGGGUCCAAAGGUGAAACAGCACUUUUGUCUUCCUUAUGGGUGUCGCAGUCGAGUGUGUGGACUGAACACAAAAGUCAACACGACGCUGUUUACUGAUUGACCCAGCUAAUGUUCGAAAUUUCAUUCAUCGCUGCUGUCUGCUGGGCUUUGAGUACAGAGGCUGUUUGGGAAAAAAACGUUGCAGUCCAAAAUAUCUACGGAACUGAGAAUGUUUUAAACUAAAUUUAUUAUAGAGAUAAUAAUGUACACGGUUGGUUAUCGUGUUUGUAGUUUCCAGUCUUGUUGAACGACUGCAUCAUGCCAAGAUGCAGUUCAUUAGGAUGGUCGACGGGGGGACGGAUGGUCGAAGGUGUAGGAACUUCCAAACACAUUCUGUAUACUUCAGGGGUGUCCAAAAUGGUUGGCCACAGCACAUUCUAAAAAUGUUAUUUAACAAUAAAACUUUUUUUUUUAAAACAACAACAGUGGAGCAUGAAAAAAUCUAGUAAAAAGUAAGUAAAAAAAAAGUAAGUAAAAAAAAAAUGAACAAAUGCAAUUUUAUAAGAAUAAAGUUAAAAUAUAAGAGAAAAAAGUCACAAUUUUAUGAGAGUAAAUUUGUAAUUUUAUGAGGAAAAAUAAUGUUUUAGUGGCAUAGAGUUGAAAUAUUACUGAUAUGAUUGAAGUUGUAAUACAGUAUGAGAAAAGCUUUUUUUUUUAUUUAGAUUGAGGAAAAGUUAUAUAUAAUGGGAAUAAAGUCAACAUAUUAUGAGAAUGAAGUCAAAAUAUUUUCGGAAUAAAGUCAUAAUUACGAGAAGGAAAUUUAUCAUUAGAAAGCUGAAAUAUAGACAGCCGAAAAAUGCAAUUUUAUAAGAAUAAAGUUAAAAUAUUAAGAGAAAAAAGUUGCAAUUUUAUGUGAAUAAACUUUUUAUUUUAAAUUUUAUGAGGAAAAAUAAUGUUUUAGUGGCAUAGAGUUGAAAUAUUACUGAUAUUAUAUUAUAUUAUUGUAAGUUGUAAUACAAUAUGAGAAAAUAUAUAUUUUUUAAUUUGGGUUAAGGAAAAGUUAUUAUAUAAUGGGAAUAAAGUCAACAUAUUAUGGAAAUGAAGUCAAAAUAUUACGAGAAAAAAUAAAAACAAUUAAAUAUUUGGAAAAUUGUAAAAAAAUAAAAAAAAUAAGAAAAAAAGUUCAUACGACCAAUACACUUUUUCACAUAUAUCACAAAUAUGAGAUGCAUUUUUUUUUUACAUAAUGACCUUCAAUUUCUUUCAUAUUUUAGUAAGUGGUGGAAAAAGUUUGGACACCCCUGGUGUAGAUUCAUGCAGGCCAAAGUUGACUGGAUGCAGAUGAGCAUCUAAAGUCUGGUAUCCAAGUCUGGUUUUCCCUAUUUAUGUCCCCUUGGGGGUGUUCCCAAUAGGGUUGUUGUCGCCCGGUGUUGCUGGUGAACAACCGUCCUGCAUAACAAUAAGUUGUCCACCUGCUGUGCUGUAAAAGAGGAAUUGGACGGUAAUGUGCUUUGUAGUUACUGAGUAGCCAGGACGGAACUAACAGCCUCCUUAAAGCAGCAGAGUGGCUGCACUGUUGAAGUGAAAGAAGUGCGGAAGUGGUUUUUUUUUGGAGCAUUUUCUAAGUGAAUAAACUUGUUACAUAUCAUGACUGCAUCUCCCCGGUUGGUCCUCCCCAGUAAAGUACCCUCGUCGGGGUGACUGUGAAUGACGCCAUGAUGGUAUCAACACGUCAUUCAGACAGCAAGUGACACUCCCUCAUUCCAGCACACAAGGCGGGCGGGAGGACAUAUGAUACCUGGCCUGCCUAAACUAGUUUGAGACAUGCUUUUGUCCAGGUUGCUAUGGGGAUAAAAGAAGAGGAGGUGCUAAAGGGGAAGAAAAAAAUAGUUGAAGUAAAGGAGAAUUAAAGUGUUGCAGGCUUUUAAACAAAGCUAUAUUCAACCGACAAUAACAAUAACAAUAGCUUACAGUACAUACAGUAAUACACCUGGAACUGUUGAAUUCAUUUCAGUUUAACAACUAGUUUUUAGUUAUUUUUUUAAAUUUUACAAAUAUUUCACCUUUCUUUUUCAGGAGUAUUUGUAAAAUUUCUUUUUGGAAUAUUAUGACUGUUUUCCCAUAAUAUUUUGACUUCAUUUCCAUAAUAUUAUAACUUUUCCCCAGCCUAAUUUUCCAUAAAUUACUACUUAAUUUUGUAUUGUUUGUUUGUCAUUAUUUAAUGACUUAAAAAAACGAUUUAGUAAUAUUUCAACAUUAUCUGACUAAAAUUAUCACAUGUUAGUUGAAUCUUGUAAAAUUGUAGUUUUUUUCUGUUAAUAUUUUGACUUUAUUUCCAUAAUAUUAUAACUUUU